UAUGAUGCCAAGAUGACGGCUGCAUUAACAUGAUGCGAAUGGCACUUUUUUGUUAUCUAAUAAAAUGUUUUCUGACUUACCUAACCCUAUAUUUGAUGCGCUCUUGACGCAAUCAGCGUGCCAUAGCCUACAUUGAUUGUAAAAGUGAAAGUAGGUCAAAUGAUCGAUAGAUUCAAACUUGACGGAGAAUGGACUUGCAUCUCUGCUGUCUGCUGGAUUCAUGGGUAUUGUCAUUUGGUGGAAUUUUUUUCGUCGUUUUCCUAUUGUUAUGGCUGAGGCGUCGAGAAGCGGAGGAGUAUCAGAGAACCACAGGGAUACCUGCUCCCGAUGGAAUUCUUCCUCUGAUUGGUCAUCUUUAUCAGGUCAUCAGAAUGGGAGUUGAUGAUUUUGAGAAGAAAUGGUUUGAGGAAAGGAAAACUAAAAUCUUAGUAUCUUGGUAUGGGAAAACUCCUUUAAUUACAGUGGCCGAUCCAGAAAUAGCAAAGCAUGUCCUUGUAAAGGAUUUUCCUUACUUCCAGGAUAGACCAAAAAGGAUUUACAAAAUGACACAAUCUCCUGUCAACAAAGGUGUGUUUUUCCAUCAUGGAGCACAUUGGAAACGAAUUCGCUCUAUCUUAACUCCAACAUUUAGCACAGGAAAGCUGAAGAUGACUACUCAUGACAUCAACAGAUGUUCUGCAAAUCUGGCUGAUAAAAUGGAAAAAAUGGCAGAAGGCAAAGAAAAUGUUGAAGUCAAACAAUUAUAUGGGGGUUUUACCCUGGAUGCCAUAGCAGCAACAGCAUUUGGAUUGGAUGUAGACAGUAUUAAUAAUCCAGACAGUUCUUUUAUCAAAAACAUCAAAGAAAUAUUUCAAAGAGGGAUGAAACCAUGGAGAAGAAUUUGCAUCACACUUGCAAGUGUAUUCCCAAGCCUUUAUCCUGUACUUCGUAUCUUCAACCUGAAUUUCUUCAACAAGGAAAAUGUAGGGUUUUUUGUCAGACAGUGUCAAGCCAUGAUAGAAGACAGAAAAACAGAGUCAUCCGAGAGACACGUUGAUUUUCUUCAACUUAUGGUUAAUGCAGAGUUAGAUGAGCAGUCAUUACAAGAUCAGCAUAUCAACGGUGGACAGAAAAAAUUGACCAAUGAUGAGAUAGUAGGUCAGGCUUUCCUCUUUUUUGUGGCGGGGUAUGAAACCACUGCCAACACAAUGAACUUUGUAUCCUAUGAACUAGCCGUAAACCAGGAGGUUCAAGACAGGGUUGUUCAGGAGAUGAAGGAUCAAAUUGGGAAGGAAGAACCUAAUUAUGAGAACAUGAACAAGCUACAGUACAUGGAGCAAGUGAUUUUAGAGACACUCAGAAUGUACCCUCCUUUACCAAGACUAACUCGUGAGAUAGGGGAGACAGUGGUUAUAAAAGAAUACACUUUUCUAAAAGGAGGCACCGUGGUGAUUCCAGUCUAUGGACUCCAUCAUAAUCCAGAUUAUUGGCCUAAUCCUGAGAAAUUUGAUCCAGAUAGAUUUGAAAAUUCCAAGAAUGUCCAGAACAAGUUUUACUACAUGCCAUUUGGACUUGGUCCAAGAAUGUGUUUGGGAAUGAGGCUGGCUAUGUUAGAACUGAAAAUGGCCCUUGUUCAUGUUCUCAGGAGAGUAAAAUUUGUUCCCUGUGAGGAAACUCAGAUUCCCUUGAAAGUUAUUACCCACAAGGGUCUCAUAACUGUGGAAAAACCAAUCAAACUAGCCUUUGAAUUAAGACAUUAAGAAUUUUUACCAAGUUCGAAAGAAAUUUGAUAUCCUAGAAUGCAGAAACACAAUGCAAUGGUCCAUAAAAGAGGUAUUAGACAGAAGGCUUCCUUGAACAGUAAAUCAAAGAAAAUUGGUUUGAUUUGAAGCUGAUGGACUGAGAACAAUUAGUGAAGAAAUUUAAAAAAAAAAAAAAAGUAAAGGAGAUUUAUAUGGGUAUAUUAGUGAUAUUAAUCAGACAUUGUAAAUUUUUUUUUCUCAUUUUAUGUUUUAAUUUUCUUUUAAACCAACAUUUAAGAAAAUUGUCAUGGAUGUUAUGCCAAAAUUUAAGGACAUUACUAUGUACCACAAUCAAGAUUAGUACUAGUUUUGAAGUCCGUGAUUAUUAAAACUUCAGGUAUGAUAAUGGUUAUAUAUACGUUUGCAUUUAUGCAUUUAUAAUCUAUUACAGUCCAUGUGCAUGUACUUACAUGUAUUUUAGCAUAAUUAAGAUUAAGUGCAAAUAAAGGUGAUGGUGAGAGCUGGGCAGUCAUGAAUUAGUGCUAUCAGUAUAUCUAUGCAUUAUAUUCACUUGAAAAGAUAUUUUGGUAGUGUUGAUGGAUAUAAACCCAAUAAUAAAGGCUUUAAACUUGCCAGAAUAAGAAUCACUUAUAAUUAGACUAAGUAUACACAGAGUAGGAAGGAAUACAAACCUUAACAUCUGAAAAGUAAAAAAAAAAGACAAGUUUAGUUUGGAUAUUCUGAUACUGAUGAGUCAAAACUUUCAAAUAUUAUUUGAGAUUUUUUCCAAAUUUAACCUUUUUCAUGAAUUUUAAAUGUGUCUUAUUCUGAAUCUAGCUUUUUUUUUUUUUAAAAAAAAAAAAAGAAAUAUAUAUGUUUUAAUGUAGUGAAAUAAAUAUUUUAUUUUGUAAAACACAUUACAUAAAUGGAUUGGACAUUAGGCAUCAUGCCUUUAGAAGUCCUUUCAAAGAGGGUCAAGGUUACAUGUAUAUAGAAUUAACAAUAAAGUGUUAAGAUUGACAUUGAGGGGUAGUACAUAAUCAAUUAUAUUAAAGCAGAUGUAACUAAAAAAGGAAGGAAGAAAGGUGAAAGAAAAAUGUUGACUUAUACACAGGAGUACAAUUCAAUAUAUAGCAUGCACAGAUCAAAUAAAAAAUUAAUUUGGAUCCCCCUAGAAAACGUGGACCCCAUCAUCACCACCACAAAAUAGGUGUUUUUCAUGUUUGGGAAAUGGAUUUUUUGCUUGCCAACAUAUUUUUGGGUUGCCCCCCCCCCCCCCCCCCCCCCCCGGAAAAAAUUCCUGGAUCUGGGCAUGUUUAGUUAUUUUUUGAAAACUUUGUAUUUUAUUUUAUCCUUAUGAAAGUAAAUUGUUUAUCAGGUCACAGAUUUUUUAUUACAUGUACAUGUAUUUUAUUAAACAAUAUGUUAUAAUUUGUAAGCAUAAUACCUGAAACGUGUAUCUGAUAAAAUGUGUGUCUAAACAACACAUGAACAAGGUGAGGUUAAUCGCAAUCAUGAACAAAACUAAAUGUAUGCAUUAAUUUGUGUAUUUUGUUAAGAAGUGUAUCUGUUGUUUGUGAAAUCUCACCAAAUUUUUUCUUUAGUCUACUGUUAUUUUGUGUACUUCUGAAUUAUAUUGAGAUGGUCAGUAAAACUUCACAAUGAAAUGUGUACUACAUGAUACAGGUAGUUUUUACUAAUCUAACAAAAUUAGAUUUAAAAUUGUUUGAGUGAAUCUAAUGACAGAUGUUUUAAAAUCAUUCGCUACAGUUGCUUUAAAAAUAAGGAUGGUUUUGAUGUUAGGGUAAUCUUUUUCAAAUUUGCGUGAGUGUUGUCCUAAAAGCAAACCCAGAGCUCAGUAAAAAUUGAAAGACUUGUGAGCACUUUAUUUGCACAAUAAAUAACAAACGUAAAUGCUAUUAUAAAUGUUAGAAAAAUAUAAUCUUUUGUAUGGGGCACAAAAUUAACAACUCAAAUAAUUUUGAUAUCUUUAAUUAUUUGAAGAUAUCUUCAUUUCACUUAAUGCAUGAAACAAACCAUUAAAAGAUUUCUUCAAAUAAAAUUAGUGAUAUGAACUUCAUUCUGAAUUAUUGUGCUUGUUGAUAUCAUUGACUAAUUAUAAUUUGCUGAAUUGAUGAAAUAAUUGAGUUGUUGGUCUCUUCAAUUGAAUUAAUGUGCACUACAAUAGAAUUAUUGCUCUUUUCAAUUGAAUAAAUAAUGGCAAAAAUAUA